GAAACCAGCAUCGCAUCGCAUCACAGCGGCAGGCUGAAAAUGCACCGAUCGAACAUGUAACUUCCACGAUCCGGUCUUCUUCUCCCACACCUGCACUCGAUCUCUGCAUCCGUGGCGUGACCGCAGGGGAAGGUGCAGCGAAGGAGGGAGGGAGGAAAAAAAAACAACAACAAAAAAACCCAACAACGAUGCUUUCAGGUUGGUGCGGAUGUGCUCCUGCAGGCGCUCGCAUGACGACGGGCCAUUUGUGGACCAUUACCCACGCAAGCCGCGCAGGGAAAUGACAAGAAGGACCUCCUUUGAUUCGCGCCUGUCGAGAUGGUCACAAUCCUCCAGGGUUAGUGAGAGGAAAUCAUGACUGGUUUCAUGUCACCAGUUUUUCCAAAGGGAAUUAUUAGAUGAAACUCUGUGUGCACGGUUAUUAGGACAGAGCAUGUCAUCUGCAUCCGUUCACAGAAUCCUACGACCCCUUCUUCUUGCCACCUUCAUCCUGGGAUGCUUUGUGACUUUGUUUUUGAUGUAUUUUAAACCAUCCACCCGUUGGCUAUCGGGUCCCGUUGAGUCAACGGCGUCCACUGAGCGGGUCAAAGGCAUUUUCUACGCCAAGAGCGAUAAAAAUGUCACCACGGUGCUCAUCUGGCUCUGGCCCUUCGGACAGACCUACGACCUGAACGUGUGCGGCUCGCUCUACAACAUGGAGGGCUGCUUUAUCACGGCUGACAGGAACCUCUACAACAAGUCGGACGGCGUCCUCAUCCAUCACCGGGACAUCUGCUCGGACUUGUCCAAUCUGCCGCCGCUGCAGCGUCCGUCUUUUCAAAAGUGGAUUUGGAUGAAUUUGGAGUCUCCGUCUCACUCUUCUCAGCUGUCCGGCAUUGAGAAUCUGUUCAACCUAACCCUCAACUACCGCCGGGAUGCCGACAUUGAAGUGCCUUACGGGUCCAUCGUGGCUGCCGAGGGCGAGGAAGACUUCGUCCCGCCCAGCAAAAACAAGCUGAUCUGCUGGAUCGUGAGCAACUGGAACCAAGAGCAUGUGCGGGUCAAGUACUACAACGAGCUAUACAAACACAUCGAGGUCCACGCGUACGGACAAGCCUUCGGGGAGUACAUCUCGGACCAGGACUACUUCCCCACCAUGGCCAGCUGUAAGUUCUACCUGGCUUUCGAGAACUCCAUCCACAAGGACUACAUCACAGAGAAACUCUACAACCCCCUUUCCGUGGGGACGGUGCCCGUGGUGCUGGGCCCGUCGCGACAGAACUACGAGAACUUCGUCCAAGGGGACGCCUUCAUCCACGUGGACGACUUCUCGUCACCCAAGGAGCUGGCCGACUACCUGCUGCUCCUGGACAAAAACGAGGACAUGUACCUCAGGUAUUUUGAGUGGCGGCGGCACUUUAAAGUGAAAAAAUCCUCAUUCUGGGCCGAGCACACGUGCCUGGCUUGUGAUUACCUGCGCAGGCACAGGGAGUACAAGACGGUCAACAACCUGGAAAAGUGGUUCUGGGGCUGAGACAGCUUUGCAGGACUAUUCAGUGUUUGUGUCGCUGACCUCAUUUUAGGUUUUUAUUCAUGAUAUUUUUCAUCAUGAGCCAUUUUCGCCUAGCCUUAGUCUUUUUUUGGCCUUUUGUGUUGCUGUAGUCCCUGCAAAGUUCAGACUGCAGGUCCGUACGGCGACGCCUAUGCGAGAUUUCUUUCUCCAGCCACAAGAUUCAGACUUUUCAGCAUAUAUUGCUAAGUGUCAUUUUCAACUUCAUAGGCUGCUGCCCCUGUGACCCAACCCUGGGUAAACGAAAAUAACGGAUGGAUGGCACUGUAUUUCAUUUUUGACAGGUGUAUGUCAGACCUGGGUAGGAGAUCCUUCUAGUCUGAGGUUACUUUGGGGGUGGAGACAAGGAAUAUCUACAAGUUUAUAUAAUCAUUUACACAUUUCAAAUGCACGUUCUGUACAUAUUUUUUGACCAUUCUUCAUUAUGCUACUACUACAAUGACGUGAGUGCUUAAAUGUAAGACAAAACAAGAUGUUUUUAUUUUCAUCUGAUGCUCACUUCUUGUGUCCGACUGACAAAACAAAAAAGGCACCUCAAUACAGUAUUUAUCCGAGUGAGACGUCACAAUGAACACCUGUGCUUGUGAUUGACGUCACCUAUGCAGUGUUGACCGAGCUCAAGUGUCAUGCGUCUGUACUGUAGCGCACUUUUUCACGUCACACCGUUUUUUGUUUUUUUACAUGUGUACAGUGGAGACACGCGAUCCGCAGCCAUGACAUUAGGUACACCUAGUUCAAAUAAAAGACGAUUGAAUAAACAAUGUGUAUUGGGCUGCUCUGCAUCAAGAACUGAAUCUUCGUGUUUUUCAAACAGGAGGAUACAUGGUGUAGUCCAGGGGUGUCCAAAGUGCGGCCCGAGGGCCAUUCGCGGCCCGCAGCUAAUUGUUUACCGGCCCGCCACACAUUCUGGAAAUACUAUUGUAAAAAUAAAAAAGAACAUUAAAAAAAGUGAAAUGAGGUGAAAUCUAACGAGAAAAAGUUGCAAUGUUGACACAAAAGCUGCCAUGCAGGCUGUUUUUCUUUUCUUUUGUCUUUCUUCAUUUUUCUUUUUUUGCCAUUGCUCCAAAAAAAAAAAAAUAAUGACAAAAAAUUCCAUGUUAUAAUGAAUUAUUUUCAGGGCUCCAAUUACUUCAAAUAUUUCACUUUAAAAUGUUUUAUGUGGUAAAUAUUGCAUAUAUUGUGUAGUAGCCAUAUAAAAACAUCAAAGUUUUCUUUGACAAAAGCGCAUAAAACAAACAAAAAUAAUAGUUCCAGCAUAAAAUCGACAGAUAUAUCUGAAGUUGAUCUCGUCACUUAAGUGUUGAAAGUAAAAGAAAAACCUAAUAAAAAUGUGUCACUUUAUGAGUGUUGCACCUUUUGGAUCCUAAAUAUAUUUAGUGAUUUUUUAUUUAUCUUUUCACGGUGAUUACUCAAAAAUAUGAAAGAAUUAAAAUCAAUGGUGUCCUGCAUUAUUGAUCUUUUAGGGCUCUAAUUACUAAAUACUGCAUAUUUCAGUGUUACUAUAAAAAACUAAGUUGUUUUUGACAGAAAAGCCAUAAAACAUUUUUUUUAAUUUGUAUUACUUUAUAUCAACUUGAAGUUGAUAUAGAGAUUUACUGUAAGCGUUAAAUAAUUUAAAAAAAAUAAUAAUCUGACUUAUUUUUAACAUUUUAAUGAUUCAGACCCUUUAUGGUCCCUGGGACCCCUAAAGGUAAAAUAAAUAAAAAAAUGCAUAUAUUUUGGUAUGGUUUGAAAAUGAAAAAUAUCAAAAUGGCCCCCAUGUGCUUUAAAUUUUCAGUGUGCGGCCCUCAGUGGAAAAAGUUUGGACACCCCUGGUGUAGUACAUUGUGGUCGUCUACAACCUGCUCUUGAUUUCGAUUAUUCAGGUGUACCUAAUGUUACGGGGUGAAUGGGACUUCUCCUUUUUAUGCUGUUUUGGAUGCAUGGUAAAUAUUUUUUAAACUUUUUCGAUUUUUUUUUUUUUUUCCAAGCAGCUGUGCAGUAAAGAAUGUGACCACCUGCUGUCUUUUACAUGUUUUUUAUUAUCUGUAUACAACUAUAUAGAACAUUUUUGCAAAAUCUACUGAACAAUGCAUCUGAAACAGCAAUCUGCAGCUACAGACUCGGGAUGGGCAUUUGACGUUUCCAUUCAAUCGGUCGAUGAACUAUAGGGUAGUUUCAAUAGGCCGCCGAAUGUCUUGAACUCCUAUUUCCACGCCGGUGUGGUAUUGAGCGGAAUAAUGCCCGUUCGAGUAGCUCAACAUUCCUAAGUCUGCAGAGUACUAGUACUAGAGCACCAGUUAGUUGAGACUGGAUCUAUAGUGCCUCUGCUGGUCGCAGCCCAGUAGCGCACACGUGUUUCCAUCGAUUAAUUGAACCCGAUCAAACGCCCAUUCCCGCUGUCGGUUCCAUUUUGCACCGUGCAAGAGUUUUUAUGCAAGCGGACGUUUUCCUUCAUUUCCUCGGCUCCGGACUGGACUAUGUUCUUAUGGCGUGCCAUAGUGAAUCUUGUAAAUAUCAGAAAAAAAUUGUUAACGUAUGAAAGGCUGGAUUUAAAUGUUCAAAUCUCUUAAUGAAUUGUUGUAUUGAGGCAAUGUUACACCUAAAUUGUACUUUUUUUUUUAUAACUAGCACUUUUCUUUCCUGUAUGUUUAGAUGGAACUGUUGUCAUCCAUUGUAGACAAGACUAUGAAAGUGCCAUUCAGGUUGGAUCCAAGAUCUAUUUUUUUUUGUCUCUUUUGCCUGCUUUUCUCUUUUCUUGUUUGCCAAAUCAUGUGUUGGAGUGGCAGCCUUUAUUCAUUCCGUUGUCCUGAAUGAAGAUGCUGCCUAGCACUGACAUUGCUGACGUCCUUACAAAAAUAGCCACAAACGCUGAUCUUGCUUUAUUUAAAAAAAAAAAAAAACAACAACAAAUGGGUGAGUGAGCGUUGUUUUUGAUUUGGAUUAGAUUUGUUUUGCCAAAAUCACUGUAUUUUGCCAAAUGUUGUAUGUAUUUGAACUAGAUGUCAAAUAGUGUCAACGAAAAUAAACAAGUGAAGCGUA